CUUCACAAACCAGUUGGCAAGGUCCAAGAGGACCAGCACAGUAAGAUGUGGAAGAGAAUCGACCAUCAACUCAAGAUCAAAGCAGGGGAUGGGCCUCAGGCAGGCCAGUUCAAGGCUGGUCCAGCUCGGGAAGUCACCGUGCCACACCCUCCAGCGCUGUCAGAAUUCCAGAGCUUCCCGCUGUUUGAGGACAUCAGUCAUCACAUCAAAGAAGUGGGGGCCCAACUGGUAAAGAAAGUCAAUGCCAUCUUUCAGCUGGACAUCACCAAGGAUGGGAAGACCAUUCUGCAGUGGACCAUUGAUCUGAAGAAUGGCUCUGGGAACACGUAUCCAGGACCCGCCAGGCUCCCAGCGGACACUGUCUUCACAAUCCCGGAGCCUGUCUUUAUGGAGCUGGUUUUGGGCAAAAUGAACCCUCAGAAGGCUUUCCUCGCUGGCAAGUUCAAAGGUGAGCGGCAAAGUUCUGCUGGCCAGAAGCUGGAGAGGGUUUUCAGAGACUGGGCUAAAGCUGUAUUGGCGGCCCCCCUGCUGUCGAGACUACACUGUUGUUUUCUCCAGCGGGGCCUGCUUUGCCGAGGUGCCGUGGGUACCUGCCUGCGUGACCCUAGCUCCCGCGGUAUGGGCCUCACUCUCACCCUGACGGAGUGA